AUGCUUAUCACGCACUCCUCGAGGUAUCUGCGACGUUCGACGCCGAAAGUCCGUCGCGGUGUGGCUACGGCUGCGCUGAGCAGAUUUGAGCCGGCCACACGAGUUGACUUUAGCAAAUUCAGCAGCAAGAUUGGCUCUCUACGAGAACGGUUGAAGCGGCCAUUGACCUACGCGGAAAAGGUCCUCUACAGCCACCUCGACGACGAGUUUGAUGAACACAUCGCCCGUGGCCAGACGCAGCUACGGCUCAGACCCGUCCGCGUCGCUUGUCAAGACGCGACUGCCCAGAUGGGGCUUAUCCAAUUCAUGUCUGCAGGUUUAGAUACAGCCGCUGUCCCCACGACCGUCCACUGCGACCAUCUAAUUGUGAGUCGGGACGGGGAAGAAGCAGAUCUUCCCCGGGCCUUGGAAACCCAUCGAGAAGUCUACGACUUUAUGGAAAGUGCAUGCCAGAAGUACAAGAUGGGGUUUUGGAGGCCAGGAGCAGGAAUAAUCCACCAGAUUGUGCUGGAGAACUACGCUUAUCCUGCUGGAAUGAUGGUGGGUACGGAUUCGCAUACACCAAAUGCAGGUGGAAUGGGCAUGAUCGCUAUAGGAGUUGGAGGAGCUGAUGCUGUCGAUGUCAUGGCUGGUCUACCGCUGGAGUUGACUGCGCCUAGGAUACUGGGUGUGCGACUUCACGGCGCCCUGUCGGGCUGGGCAUCACCAAAAGACAUUAUCAACAAGAUUACAGGGAUGAUUUCAGUAAAGGGGGGUACGGGAUCAAUCAUUGAAUAUUUUGGUCCUGGAACGCAGACGCUUUCGGCGACUGGGAUGGCUACAGUGUGCAAUAUGGGGGCUGAGACCGGCGCUACGACAUCCAUAUUUCCCUAUACGGCCUCGAUGACUGAGUAUCUGAGAGCAAACCGGCGCCCGGACAUGGCUGCUGCGGUUGAGACAAUUGCACACGAGCUCCAACACGAUGAGGGCGCUGAAUACGAUCAGAUCAUUGACAUUGAUCUCGCAUCACUGGAGCCACAUAUCAACGGGCCUUUCACGCCUGACCUGUCCACGCCCAUCUCUAGAUUUGGAUCGGCAGUCAAAGAGAACGAGUGGCCGUCAACCCUGACUGCGGGCCUUAUUGGGUCUUGCACAAACUCUUCAUUUCAGGAUCUUAGCCGCGCUGCGAGCCUCGCUCAGCAGGCAUUGGAUGCUGGCAUGGAGCCGAAAAUGCCGUUGUUGUUGUCCCCCGGGAGCUUGCAGACCCGCAAGACGUUGGAAGAGGCCGGGAUAAUGCAAGUGUUCGAAGAGGCCGGUGCCACCAUGCUACCUAGUGCUUGUGGGCCGUGCUGUGGGUCGUGGGAUCGUGCCGAUAUGCAGAAAGGAACGAAGAACUCGAUUAUCACCUCAUAUAACCGAAAUUUCUCUGGCCGUCUCGACUCGAAUCCGGCCACGAACAUCUUCCUCGCCUCGCCCGAAGUGGUUAUGGCCAAAGUGUUCUCUCCAGAUCUGGCCUUUGAUCCUAUACAUGACACUCUCACAACGCCAUCUGGAGAGGAGUUCAGGUUUCAGCCUCCAACCGGCGAUGCUCUCCCCAGUCGAGGCUACAAGGGCUCUGACCAAGCAUAUGUCCCCCCUCCAGCAGACGACAGCGAACGCUCCAAGCUCGACGUCAGCAUCAGCGCUCAGUCCCAAAGGCUUCAGAAACUAUCGCCAUUUCCGCCCUGGAACGGUCGUGACUUGGAAGACUGCCUCAUUCUUAUCAAAACAACAGGCAAAUGCACAACCGAUCACAUUACACCCGCCGGGCCCUGGUUCCGUUUCCGAGGGCACCUAGAGAACAUCUCUAACAACACACUAAUCGGCGCUGUGAACGCAGAAACAGGAAACGUCAAUAAAGUGCGCAACCAACUCAGCCAACAAGAUGGCAAUGUCCCAGGCACCGCACGCUACUAUCAGUCACAAGGCCGGCCGUGGGUGGUUGUUGCCGAUCACAACUACGGCGAGGGGUCGUCGCGCGAACACGCAGCAUUGCAACCGCGAUAUCUCGGCGGCGUAGCGAUUAUAGCUAAGAGUUUUGCACGUAUCCACGAGGCAAACUUGAAAAAGCAGGGGAUGUUGGCUGUGACGUUUGCAGAGGAGGCAGAUUAUGAUCAGAUCAGGGCUUCGGAUCGAAUUAGUAUUAUGGACUUGACGGCUUUUGCACCGGGUAAGCCCCUGACGAUGAGGAUACAGACGGAUUCUGGGGAGGACUGGGAGGCGCCUUUGAUGCAUACGUUUACUCAGGAGCAGAUCGAGUAUUUCAAGGCGGGGAGUGCGUUGAAUGUGAUGGCCAAGCGCCGGAUCGAGGCGUAA